GGACAAGCAGGUUUUGUUAGUCUUUACUGUUUGCACCUUUGUCACAACACAGUUCUAAAUGCAGCAGGAGGACAGCAAUACUAUCUAGUCUGAUGAACCUGCAUUUAUUAUGGCUGUAAUGGGGUUUGAUUACAAAUUAAGAUCUACAAAUUUAAUAUUAGGUUUUCUAUUAACUACUUUGUUAAUUCUUGGAUAUAUCUACAUGAAUGAAACAACUCAAAGAAUACAGCUACAGGAUGAAAUUUUACUCCUAGAAAGGCAAUCAAAGCAAAUCUUCUCUGAGAAAUCUGCUAUACAGCAAAGGACAGCUAAUUUACAGGAAAAACUAAGAAAACAAGUGGAUGAAAUGAAAAAAAUGCAACAUUUGCGUGAAUUGGAAACAGAAGAACAAAAUGCAAGAUACGUGGAUGAGAGGAACCGUUUGCAAAGUGAACUUUUAUCAAAGCAUGAAACCAUUGAGGAUUUAAAAAGUCAGUAUCAAUUGCUAAAGGAACAAUUUGAUAAACUCCACUCACAAAUGCAAGGUUUUGAAAGAAAUCAAUCAAGAUUACUGGAAAAAUUCUCUACUCAAUCGACUCAAUGUAUGAGUGUUAUUGCUAUGAUGAAAGAGCUCUGCGAUAAAAACAAAGAAUCAUCAUUAAGAAAAACACCAAAGGUUGAAAAUGAUUUCACAUUUCCUGGAUCUAUAGUGGGAUUGCCAAAGUAUAAUGUUUCAAAUCAAACAGAAGAGAUACCUAUUGUGCUAUAUUACAGAAAUACUAAUGAAACCAAUGUGAAACCCUUCUUUAAUCCGACAUUCACAGAAUCCAUGAAAGUUGAGAAGAUACACACAGAAGUAUACAGAGAUUCAGGUUCUUUGAACAAUAAUACAGAAAUUAUAGUAUCAAAUACAAAUAACAAUGAAGAAAUGUCUUUGGAUGUCACGCAAAAUUUGCAGAACGUUCAAUCAGAAAAUCAGAAAACCAAAACCACGUUGCAAAAAAGUAGUACAGAAAUUAGUGAAGAAUUAGAGAAUCAAACAGCUGAAAUUGAUUAUGCAGUGAUGGAAAAUAAUGGCUCUUUAGAAGCAGAUGAUGAUAAUGGAUUAAAUAACAAAAAAGAAGAUGACCAAGAAGAUGCAAGAGAAGAAAACUCAUACUAUGAAAAUUCUACAGCUGCUAAUAAUAAAGACAUUGUUGCGCAGGAGAACGAAAUUACUAAAAACACAAAUCCUGGAAAUGUUUCACAAUUACAGCAGGAACUGGAGUCUAAGAACAAUUCUAUUAAAGCUACUGAUAAAGAGACACAAUUGGAAAACAUUGAUCAAGAAGGUAACACUGAGGUGACAGCUUCAAAAAUGAAAAAUGUCAUAAACGAUGAAGAAAUUAGGGAUAAAAAGGGGAAACCUAUGUUAAGAAAGUUACCGACACUAGAAAAAAAUGUAAGUAACACUGAUGUGACAGCUUCAGAAAGGAAAAUUGGGGUAAAAAAUGACGAAAUUAGUAAUGAACAGGAGAAAAUAAUGUUAAAUAAAUCACAAGAGGAAAACAUAGUGUCUUCAGAAACCGGAAACUAUGAACCAGAGAUCAAAAUGAGCACUAACAGGCAAACAGCUAUAAUUCAGGACAAGAAAGAGUUUAUUAUGCAACAAAAUGUCACUGCCAAAGAAUCUGUUCCUCGACCAAAGAUCAUUAGGAAUUCACGAAUGAAGGAAUAUUUGUACGAAUUAGAAAAAAAAAAACAGAGACAAAAAGCCAAGUCAAAUGAUAACCUGCCAGUAUUGUGACAUGGAUGAGGAAUUCUAUUUUUGGUUUUAAGUUAAAAUGCAUUAGAAAAUGCAGAUGGUAAUUCAAAUAUAAAUCUCUCUAAAACAAGAACAUUUUGAUGGAAAAUACUCAAAAAACCCUCCCUCGACCCUAAUUCUUUCGAAAGCUACCGCCCCAUAUCACUGCUUCCACUAACAUCAAAACUCCUUGAAAAACUAGUUUACAAUCGCCUAACCCACUUCCUGUCCACCAACUCCUUGCUUGACCCACUGCAAUCCGGUUUCCGCCCAAAACAUUCAACUGAGACUGCCCUUACCAAGGUUACAAACAAUCUUCUCUCUGCAAAAAAUAUUGGCCACUACUCUAUACUCAUCUUACUCGACCUCUCAGCUGCCUCAGACACAGUUGACCACCCCCCUCCUCCUACAGACCCUUAGAUCUUUUGGCCUCUGUGACACUGCUCUUUCCUGGAUUCACUCCUAUCUUUCCCACAGGUCUUUUUCUGUGUGAUUUGCCGGUGACUCCUCCUCUCCUAUGCCUCUGUCUGUUGGAGUACCUCAAGGAUCUGUUCUGGGUCCUCUACACUUCUAUACUCUUCUAUACUUCUUCGCUGGGUAAACUUAUCAACAGUUAUGGCUUCAAAUAUCACCUCUAUGCUGAUGAUACCCAGAUCUACCUCUCCACCCCUGCUCUCUCUCCCUCUGUCCUUUCUCAUGUCAGCGACUGCUUAUCUGGUAUCUCACCACCUAAAGAUUAACAUGUCCAAGACUGAGCUCCUUCUUAUCCCCUCCUCAAGUUCUACGCCGACUUCUGACUUCUCUAUCCCUGUUGACGGCAUCACCAUUUCCCCAUCGCCCCAAGUCCGCUGCCUCGGAGUCACACUUGACUCAAAUCUAUCCUUCUUCCCCCAUAUCCAAUCGCUUUCUACAUCCUGCCGCAACCAUCUACGCAAUAUUUCCAAAAUUCACCCUUUUCUGAGUGCCGACACCACAAAGCCAAUAAUCCACUCCCUUGUUAUCUCCCACCUUGACUACUGCAAUAACCUACUCGCUGGCCUUCCUCUUUCCCACCUCUCCCCCCUUCAAUCCAUCCUAAAUACCUCCGCCAGGCUGAUCCACCUUUCCCGUCGAUCUGCUGCACCUCUCUGCGAGUCCCUUCAUUGGCUCCCCAUUCACAGUAGAAUUAAUUUCAAAAUUCUCACCCUUACAUACAAAGCUCUCACCAACGCCGCUCCCCUCUACCUAUCCUCUCUAAUACAAAAGUAUACUCCAGCCCAUCCACUAAGAGCCAACAAUGACCUGCUCCUUGCAUCCGCAACUAUCACCUCUUCUCAUGCUAGACUGCAGGACUUCUGUCAUGCAGCACCUACCCUCUGGAACACUCUCCCUUGUGCUGUCAGGCUUUGCCCUAAUCUGUCUUCCUUUAAAUGUUCCCUGAAGACUUUUCUGUUCAGGGAAGCCUACCACCCAACUCAAUAAUAAAUUAACUUCACUUACCUAACAUUUCCCUUAUCUAACUCUGUAUUAACAUCCUUCUCAAUCUUGCAGUCCUCACCUCCUGUUUCUCAACCUCCUACCCUUCUAGAUUGUAAGUUCCCACGGGAAUAGGGCCCUCAAUCCCUCCUGUAUGUGUUUGUAAAUUUUGUCCUGUCUUUUACAAGUCUUGUAUUGUUUUAUUUAAAUGAAUUGUAUCCAUGGACAGCGCUGCGGAAUAUGUUGGCACUUCAUAAAUAAAGUAUAAUAAUAAUAAUAAUAAUAAUGGGAAGAUAUUCAGCACUACUGUAGGAAAAUGUAAUAAACUGUACAUAACAAUAAUAAAUAAAUAGAGAAAA